UCAGCUUUUAGAGGGUUGAUUGUUUUAUGUGAGGAAAGCGUAAUGUACACUUGUAGUGCACAAGAGCUCUUGAUAACUGCAGAUGACGAAUGACACAUUCUUGACAGCAUGAAAUACAAGUGAAUCAAGUUUUGAACAAUCUUUUGCGCUUUUCAAACUAAAAUAACAGUCACUUCCAUUGCAACCAAAGCCUUGUUAGAGACGCAUGAACACCUGAAAGAAUAUUAAUGGGAAUGUAGUUGGAAGUCUCGUAAGAUGGCGUUUGGCGAUAAUACAUGCCUUUUCGUUCAAGGAGACAUUUUUAUAGAAGGCAAGACUGCUUUUAUUACAGAUGUUCUUACAGCAGUAUUGAAUGCUCUUUUUGCAAUAAUUGCUGUCCUCGUAAAUGGAUUUGUUCUGUACAUUAUCCGUCGCUCAGAACACUUAAAGAAUGCCCCAUCUAAUAUCCUUCUCUGUUGUUUAGCAUUCUCGGAUAUGAUCAUUGGACUAAUCUGCCAGACUUCUUUUGUACUGUAUAAAGUAUGCGAGUUAUUGAAGUCGAGAGAUAUAUUCUGUUACUUCAGGCUCAUCGUGAGUUGCUUCGGGUGGGUUUGCGCCGGUGUUUCGCUCUUAACUAUCAGUUCCAUCAUUGUUGAUCGCUUGCUCGCCCUUCGUCUUCACCUUCGCUACAACACUUUCGUAACAGCCAAGCGAGUGUACUGUCUUGUUGUCAUCUUUUGGAUUUUUUGCAUUUUCAUGGUAUCUUUAAGGUUUUCCUUCCAAUCUGACGCUCAUUGGACUUUAAUUCCUUUAGUUUUACUCAUCAUUGCUCUCGUUUUAACCUUAACAUCUUACGCCAACAUCUUUUGUAUCGUCAAGCAACAUCACACACAAAUCAUUGACUUGGAAAACUCUAUGAUCCGACGAAAUCAUCCAACAGAAGACAAAGCAUUCAAAAAUAACAUCUAUCUGAUCCGAUACAAAAGAACAGCAGCGACAAUGAUAUACGUGUUGGCUGUAUUCCUGAUCUGUUAUCUUCCCUUCUUAUGCACGAUGUUUGCGGAAGCUUCCCUAGGCUACGUGACUCAAGUAAAGAUAGCUUAUGACUACGCAUCUACUAUAGUCUUCAUCAGUUCGUCUAUCAAUCCUGUUUUAUACUGUUGUAGGAUGAGGGAAAUUCGUAAUGCUAUCACUAAUUCUAUUUGGGUUCUCACCAAAUGGGAUUUCAGACGUGGGUCAAACGUUGGUAGACGAAUACCUAAAAGCGUGCAUCGUUUUAUCGAGGUAAAGCCGUGCAGCGGUUCCGCCUCUCAUUCAGAAAACAGAAAAGAACGACAGUAAAUAGAAAAUAAAAGGAAAAAAACGAUAAUUUUAUUUAGUUUGACGACACUGAAGAACUUAGAUGACUCAAACCGUGAAAAGCAUUAUUCGAGAUGAAAGGACAGGUUUGGUUUAUCAGAGGGCUGAGUCACAUAGGAUUGCGGGUUGUGGAAAGUGUUUUGUAACGAAACAUCUAGUAUUUCAUUGGAGGGAGUAUCAUCUCUCGUUUAAAUCCGUCGGGAAUAAAUCAGUAUAUGUUUACAAACAAUAUCUAUAUAUAGUUCACUCUACAUAAUUGAACAAAUUUCGAAAGCUAUCGCCUCUGGCAUUCAUACAAUUAUUGAGAUGUUACGGAUUGGCAAAUAAAGUUGGCAGUCCUGAAGUCAAGACAAACAACCAUUUCUUUUUGAAAGAGUUUUAGAUUGACGUUUUUAAUAUCCUAAUCGUGAAUGAAGUAUUUCAAUCAUCCACUUGAUUGAAAUCUCUUUCUUCCGGCCCUGGUUAUGGACUUUCAUUAAAAAUUACUGGAAAGCUGAGAGUCUGUCGGCGUCAGCUGUUUAAGAGGAUCUUCGACAGACCAAAUGAAUUUUUGUAAUUCAUGUACACCAAGGGAUAAACAAAUGGCCAUAAUGAAAAUAAAUAUCCCCGAAUUUAAGCCUUAAUAAAAAUAAGUUCCCUGAAUUUGAAAAGUAAAAAUCAUUCCUAUAAUAAAACAAGUUUCCUUCGCA